AUGACAUGUAUCAGAUUUUAUGCUUCUCACUCUCUCAAAGAGAGUGAAAUACACUCUCCUUGCCAUAGAGAAGUAUCGGUUGAGAUAUCCAAACCAUGUGAAGUUGAAAGUACGAAAGAGCAAUGUACACAGAGCUCAAAAUGUGAGAUUGAAUCUCCUACAAAGGAGAACAACUCUGAAGUCCGAAAAUUAAAAGAUGAUAACAAGAGAUCAAGAACCUCAGUGAAAUCGGCAACCAAAUCUGUUUCUGGAAACUGCAAAACAAAGUGUACAGUUCCUCAGCCAUUUGCUUUGGCAACUGAGAAGCGUGCGUCUCAUGGAACUCGUCUUGUUGGAAGUGAUGCAGACAAUGUCAAUUAUAAGACACCUGAAGCCAAUAAUUUGCGAGUCCCAAGUACGAAACAAAACCAGGUCUCCACACCAGUUGCAACUAGAAAGCCGCUACAACCUGAUAACAAGAAGCAUUCGGAUGAAGAAGACUCAUGCUCAGUUACUUCUUGUGCUACGCUAUCAGCAAGAAAAUCCAGGGCCACUGUUGCGUCAGCCCCUGUAUUCCGAUUAUCUGAACGUGUAGAGAAAAGGAAAGAGUUUUACUCAAAAUUAGAGGAGAAACAUCAAGCUUUGGAGGCCCAGAAAAUUCAGUGGGAGGCAAGGACGAAGGAAGAGAGAGAAGCAGCUAUAAAGCAACCGAGAAAAAGUUUGAUGUUUAAGGCAAACCCAAUGCCGAGCUUCUACCAUGAGGGACCCCCACCAAAGACUGAAUUGAAGAAGGCACCACCAACUCGUGCAAAAUCACCGAGGUUGGGAAGAAGGAAGAGCUGCAAUGACUCGGUUGGUUUAGACAAAGGGAUGGGAGCUUAUGAUCGGGGAACUCGCCACAGUCUUGAAGUUAACAAUGAAAAUGAUGCCUUUGGUUCCAGAAAUAGGAAAGACCGCGUAAAUAUUCAGAAUGGUACUGCCAUAUACAAAUUUAACAACGAAGCCAAUCAUGCAGCGGAGAUAAAUGAGUCAUAUAUGACUAAGAUGCGUGAAGAAAUGAAUGUGAACAUUACUGUAUUAUAA